AUGUUGAAGUUCAAAAAAAUGGGUUCGGAUAAAGUGCCAUUGCUGCUUGUGACUGCCAACGUCGGAUCUAUUUUCGAGGACCCCUCAGUAAUGCUUCCGAUAUGGACAUCAGAGUUCCUGCAGGCGGUCUCUCGAAUGGACCCAAAAUUCAUAGCGCUGCACUUGCAAGAAGUUGGAGGGAAAGCCUAUGAGAAGUCCAUGCAGUACGUCCAGGACUUUGUUCAAAGACUCUGUGACUGUCCAGAAUUGAGACUCUUUGACAAGAUCCGGAUAUUUUUGGAUGAAGACUUCAGCUCUCCUGAAAAGUUUACUGCACUAGGCAACAUGUACUUCGCACAUUCCUCACUCACAGACCUGAAGAUUUGGGACUUUGAACAGAAGGCCUACGUGGAGGCCACGGGCAAGGAGGUGCACGCUGGGAACAUUGAAAAGAUCACCACUAAGGAAAAGGCCAAAUUCCCACAGCAUUUCUUUCCUGAGUGCAAGUGGUCGCGCAAAGGCUUUCUACGCACGCGCUGGUGGGUGCGCGGAACGGCCAUAGAGUUCGUCAACAUACAUCUCUUCCACGACGCGUCUAACUUGCUCGCCAUCGAACCCUUUCCUUCUGUGUACUGCCGGUCCCGGCGGCGCGCGCUGCGCCACACGCUGCGCCACCUGCACGCCGACGCGCACGCCGCGCCGUACUUCAUCUUCGGAGACUUCAACUUCCGCACGGAUACCGGGGGAGUCGUCAAGAAAGUGACAGAAGAACUAUCAGGGUCUCGACUUCAGAACGGUGGCAAUGUCGACGCGUCUAAACUUCAAUACAGAUCUCCUAGUGACGGCCGUGUAGUACUCACUAUUGGGAAGAAGGAAUUUUCUCAUGUAGACCAUCAGAAGAUCUUCAGGGAACCCUGGCUGCAACGUUUCGACCGUGAGUUAGAAGCCCUCCGGCCUCACUUGUACGAGUUCCCCGUGAAGUUCCCUCCCUCCUACCCCUUCGAAGAGGACGUACAUCUACCCACACACUAUAUGAAAACCAGAUGUCCUGCGUGGUGCGACCGAGUGCUCCUGUCGCAGUCCGCGCGACUACUGGUGCAGCACGACACUGCCCGCCCGGCAGACAAUAGACAUAUGCAUGCCUCCAGGAAGUCAGUGACAGACUCCACCGACAGUAGUGGGCGCGUGUCGUCGUCAGACAGUAGUCCGGCGCGGUCCGCCUCGCCGGCUACACAUACACAGGGCAGUCCGGGUAAGACGUUGGAGAAAAAGAGUAGCCUGGCGGAGUUGGACGGGCUGUGCGUCCCCGCGCCGUCGCUCAGUCGGAAGAGUAUCGCCGACCCCACCAGUGUACAGCAGGCUAUCUCCGCCAGAAUGUCAGAAGAAGCUAGCGGUCGCCGUCGCCUAGUCCGCAACCAGUCGGAAGGGGAGGCAGCCCCCCGCGGGGGACGGGACCCCACCCCCCGCCGACGCCCUGUCUACGGAGUCAUUGGGGACUCCGCGUGUAUGGGGGACCAUAAGCCGAUCUACCUCCGCGUGAUGCUGCAGAGUGACCGAGGUAGGCUCAGUUGUUGCGCCCCCCCUCACUGCUCCCUGUGUACUAGCGCGGCCCUCCUCCCCUCCACCCUGUCCCUCCUGUGUCCACUCCCCCCACUGGCGCCCCUCCCCCCACUACCGCGCCUGCCCACAGACCCAGACCUCUACGCGAACAAAAAACUCAAAGUCCCCACUAUAUCUACUAGUCACCCAGCUAAUCUAACAGAUGAAAAAUUAAAAAGAACAAGGACUGGCUCCCUCAAUGAAACUAUGCUUAGAAUACCGCAAGUAGAAAUUACUAGUGCUGACUCCAGUCUCGAUGGUGUAUACGUAAAUGAUAUCGAUAAUACACUACUCAGUGUCCGUCGAUGUAUCGAUCCCUACACGCCAGAAAGUAUCGAUUCUCACAGCCCUAACGUCGAAGCUUCCUCCGGCUCAGACGAGGUAUCGAUAGAAGUGACCGAAAAAUCGACUAAUAACAAUAAUAAAUCGACUAAAAUGAGUAGGGAUCGUAGUGUAUCGCCUACGCAGUUGAAGAGUCGAUUGGAUAAAUUGUUGAGUGAUAAAGAGGAGGUUAAAUCAAUUCCGGAGUUGCAAAGAUUGCAUAGUCGGGAAUCAUGUAAAUCAGAGGCUAGUAAAAAAGGGGGGCUGUGUUGUUUAGCCUUAAAAUGUUAUGGGUUCUGUAGGCGGCGCGCGCGUAGAGUCAAAUGUGACUGUAGCCUCGCCAAGUGUUGCUCCUGA